UAGAGAGAGAGAGAGAGUGGGGAUUAAUGUUUGUUAUUGGAUUGUGAUUUGCGAUCGAGUUCUUUCAUUCACUUUCCCUCUCUUCUCUCCCUCCUCCUUCCUCCCUCCUCCCUCCCUUUCUGGUUUUCUUUUCUUUUUUCCUCCUCCUUUUGUUCUUCUAUGGCCAACUGCUUUUCUUCGUCUUUAAAGGAAAUCGAGGAUGAAGGGAGGUAGAAGAGGAAGAAUCUAGAGAAAGGGAAGAGACCCAGAACAACGAUUCGUCAGCAUUGCUUUCUCUUCCGGGAUUUUAUUUUGUAUAAAUGGAAUUGGAUAGCAUUGAAUGUAUAUCGUCCUCGGACGGGAUCGAGGAGGAAGAGAUCCAUCAUCAUCAGUUCUCGACCAAGCCCCACAACAACAUCGCUUCCCCGGUGAUAUCUCCGGCCACCAGCGUCCAUGAGUUGCUCGAGUGCCCCGUUUGCACCAAUUCAAUGUACCCCCCUAUCCAUCAGUGCCACAAUGGCCACACCCUCUGCUCCACUUGUAAAACAAGGGUGCACAAUCGGUGUCCCACUUGUAGACAGGAACUCGGAGACAUCAGGUGUCUAGCUUUGGAGAAGGUGGCUGAGUCACUUGAACUACCCUGCAAAUACUGCUCCCUCGGCUGCCCAGAGAUCUUCCCCUACUACAGCAAGCUCAAGCAUGAAUCACAGUGUAACUUUAGACCAUACAACUGCCCAUAUGCUGGAUCAGAGUGUUCUGUUGUGGGGGAUAUCCCUUUUCUUGUUUCCCAUCUAAGAGAUGAUCACAAGGUUGACAUGCACACUGGAUGCACAUUCAACCAUCGCUAUGUGAAGGCUAAUCCCCGUGAAGUUGAAAACGCCACUUGGAUGCUUACUGUCUUCAAUUGUUUCGGUCAGUACUUCUGCCUGCACUUUGAAGCCUUCCAGCUUGGCAUGGCUCCUGUGUACAUGGCAUUCCUUCGUUUUAUGGGUGAUGAGGCUGAGGCUCGAAAUUAUAGCUAUAGCUUGGAGGUUGGGGCAAAUGGCCGUAAACUCAUCUGGGAAGGCACCCCGAGGAGUGUCCGUGAUAGCCACCGGAAGGUCAGGGACAGCCAUGACGGUCUCAUUAUCCAACGGAACAUGGCACUGUUCUUCUCUGGUGGAGACAGGAAGGAAUUGAAGCUAAGGGUUACAGGGCGUAUCUGGAAGGAGCAACAGAGCUCAGAUGCUGGGGUGUGCAUUCCCAAUCUUUGUAGCUGAAUUAUGAUUAUAAGUCUCAUUUUGUUAUGCUGGGAUUGCAAACCCAUCCUCUGUAAUUUUGAACUCAUGGGACUACAGUACUACUGGUUCUUGGUCUUGUGCGUCCAAAUCCUAUGCUCCUCUCUCUUUCUCUCUCUACGUGUUGUAUGUUUGCCAACUUUUUCUGGUAACUUAAUUAUGUACAAGAUGCUGAGGAAUUGUGAAAGGUUUAUGGAUGUUGGAGGUUUACUCUUC